CAAAACCUGUAAUCACGGAGCAUGACGAUCCAUCCGGUGUCAUGCAAUGUAUCAUCAAUAGCGGUGGGCGAUGGUUCUUGAGAUGGAGCAUCUGGGCUUCCAUGGUUUUUGUCUUUGAGAGCUAACUGUUGAGGGACGUAGCAUCUUCGCUUGAACAAAAUGAGCGUACCAAUUUCUUCAUCCAAACAAUCCACAGUCUUCCUCCUCCGCCUCUGUCUGCUCAAACCCCAAACACCCGCAAUCCCUUACUAUCCCCUCCACUGCCACCUCUCUACCGAACCCAAUCCACCACCACCACCACCACCACCACAAGACGAGGAAUCGUUGGUAAACGAAGCAGUCCAACUCUUCCAAGCCUUAGAAGAUGGGAACUCCAGCUCUACCCAACUUCACCAGCUCCUCUUUUCCUCUUCUUCUCCUUCCUCUCCUCGUAUUUUUCGACAAAUCUCACGUCGAUUGGCCUCUUCUUCCCAAGCCCUCGAGUUCUUCGAUUACAUCCGAUCAAAUUCGCCUUCACAAGAGUUAAAAUCAUUGUCCUUCACGUUCCAGGCCAUCUUCGAGCUCGCAGGCCGCGAACCUGAUCCGCAGAACAAGCUGUUAGAGCUUUAUAGGACGUCCAAAGAGCGGAAUAUCCCACUUACAGUUAAGGGCGCAACAGUUCUUGUUCGUUACUUCGGAAGGGCCGAAAGGGUGGACGAGGCGCUGGCUGUAGUUGACGAGCUAGACCCGUCUCUAAAAAACACGCACUUUUACAAUGUGGGUGUUGCUAUGCUAUUCAGAUCAGGGCGCAUCGUCGAGGCGCUUAAGAUGCUUGAUGAAAUGCUUCAACCAGGUGCGGACUGUCCGCCCAAUGGUAUUACAGGUGGUGUUUUUUUUGCUGCAUUGUCGAGAACGGAGUGGUUUGGAAGAAGUAUAAGCGACGAGGAGAUUGUUGGGUUGGUGUCAAAAUUACUUGAACACGGUGUGUUUCCAGAUACAUUUAAACUUUCGCAAUUGAUUACCAAGUUGUGCAGGAAUAAGAAGAUAGGUCGUGCUUGGGAUGUUUUACAUGAUGUGAUGAAGGCUGGUGGUACUGUAGAAGCCGCUUCAUGCAAUGCACUUUUGACGUGGUUGGGAAGGGAUGGGGAUUUUGAAAGGAUGAAAAAGCUCAUGACCGAGAUGAUAGAGAUGGAUAUUCAACCAAAUGUGGUAACUUUUGGGAUCCUUCUUAAUCAUAUGUGCAAGUCUGGGAGGGUCGAUGAGGCACUGGAGGUUUUUGAGAAAAUGAAAGGAGGGAAUUAUGGGUUGUCUGUUGAACCUAAUGUAAUCUUAUAUAAUACUUUGAUUGAUGGUAUGUGCAGACAUGGGAGGAUCAAUAGUGCAGUUCAGUUCUUCGAUGAAAUGCGAAGUGAAGGUCUGAAAGGCGAUGCUGUGACGUUUACAACCUUGAUUAAAGCUUUUUGUAAUGUUAACAACUUUGAUAAAGCAAUGGAAUUUUUUGAGAAAAUGAAAGGAGGGAUUGAUGGGUUGUCUGUUGAACCUGAUGUAAUCUUAUAUACUACUUUGAUUGAUGGACUUUGUAAAGUUGGGAGGCAAGAAGAAGGGUUGACUUUGAUGGAUCAGAUGAGAUCUGAAAAUAAAUGUAUGCCAGAUACUGUUACCUAUACUUGCUUGAUUGAUGGGUUCUGCGAAGCUGGUGAAAUUGAGAGGGCACAAGAGCUCUUUGAUCAGAUGAAGAAGGACAGAGUAUUUCCUAAUGAAAUCACCCUUACUACUUUGGUUGGUGGUAUGUGCAGACAUGGGAGGAUCAAUGCUGCAGUUCAGUUCUUCGAUGAAAUGCGAAGUGAAGGUCUGAAAGGCGAUGCUGUGGCAUUUACAACCUUGAUUAAAGCUUUUUGUAAUGCUAACAAUAUUGAUAAAGCAAUGGAACUUUUUGAGAAAAUGAAAGGAGGGAAUGAUGGAUUGUCUGUUGAACGUAAUGUAAUCUUAUAUAAUACUUUGAUUAAUGGACUUUGUAAAGUUGGGAGGCAAGAAGAAGGGUUGACUUUGAUGGAUCAAAUGAGAUCUGAAAAUAAAUGUAUGCCAGAUACUGUUACCUAUAAUUGCUUGAUUCAUGGGUUCUGCAAAGCUGGCGAAAUUGAGAGGGCACAACAGCUCUUUGAUCAGAUGAACAAGGAAAGAGUAUUUCCUGAUGUAAUCACCCUUAAUACUUUGGUUGGUGGUAUGUGCAGACAUGGGAGGAUCACUAGUGCAGUUCAGUUCUUCAAUGAAAUGCGAAGUGAAGGUCUGAAAGGCAAUGCUGUGACGUUUACAAUCUUGAUUAAUGCUUUUUGCAAUGCUAACAAUAUUGAUAAAGCAAUGGAACUUUUCAAUCAAAUGUGGAAGGAUGGAUGCCCCCCAGAUGCAAUUGUUUUUUAUACAUUGAUAUCUGGUUUGAGCCAAGCUGGAAGGAUGGAUGAUGCCAGCUCUGUCGUAUCAAUGUUUAAAGAAGCUGGAUUCUGCCUUGACAUUGUGCGGUACAAUGUUCUCAUUGGUGGGUUCUGUAGGAAGAACAAAUUGGAUGAAGCUUGUGGGAUGCUCAAAGAAAUGGAGCAAGCUGGAGUUAAGUCUGAUAUUGUAACAUAUAACACCUUGAUUUCCUAUUUGAGCAAAACUGGAAACUUUGCAACCGCCCAUAGAAUUAUGAGAAAUAUGAUUAAGGAGGGUAUUGUGCCCACAGUUGUCACUUAUGGAGCACUGAUACAAGCAUACUGCUUAAAUGGCAAAAUUGAAGAAGCAAUGAAGAUUUUCAGAGAUAUGAGCUCUUCGUCAAAGGUUCCUCCCGACAAUGUAAUAUACAAUAUUCUAAUAGAUUCUCUUUGCAAAAGGAAUGAAGUAGAGCUUGCUGUUUCUCUGAUGGAUGAAAUGAAAGUUAAGGGGGUAAGGCCUAAUGUUACCACAUACAAUGCUAUGUUCAAAGGUCUGCGAGAGAAAAAUUUCUUGGAGAAAGCAUUUGACCUCAUGGACAGAAUGGUUGAACAGGCAUGUAAGCCUGAUUACAUAACCAUGGAGGUACUUACCGAAUGGCUUCCUGCAGUAGGUGAAACGGGAAAGUUGAAAAAUUUUGUUCAAGGAUUCGAAGUUUCUGUUUCUACUGCGUAGGAUGGCUAUAGAAUCUGGAGGAUGGGAUUACUCAAAAGUUUGAAAUGCAUCUAUUGUCAUACACGGAAGAAAAUACGAUUUAGUCCUAUGUUCUGGCCAAAACGUGUUCUGGUUGGAACUUCUAACGGGCAUCACACAGAAAGACUGGUUGAAGAACCUUUGUUUCUCAAGGCUUUGCUUGUGCUAGCGCAUCAGUGUUGCGGCAUCCAUGCAUGUCCAGGGUGGGUUCCAUCCUUUCCAUCUCGAACAAACCAGAUAAAAUGGUAGAUGUAUUCCAUAUCCGUGUUGAUGAGUUUAUAAAUAAUUAAGCAUAUCAUAUAAAUAAUUAAGCAUACUAUUUCGAUCGGAUCAA